AUGCCACUGACUGAGCGGCUACCGCUACGCCUUUCCCGCGUGCAGCUGGCAGUUCCAACGCGAGGGCAUCCGUGGGGCGCUACGUUCAGGACUGCUCAGCGAAGGGAGCUGCGCCGUCCACUUUCCGCCUCCGGACGCACGCUGCUUCCCCUGGCCGCGGCGUGCCACGCGCGGUUCCGGCGCCUGCGCCGCACCGUGGCGCACGGAACCGGGACGUCGGCGUCGGCGGCGGCGGUGUGGCAUGCCGAGCGGCGGAAGGAGAUGCUGCGGCGGUAUGGCGCGGAGCUGCAAGCGCUCCGAGGGCCAGAUGCACGGACCUUGCCGCUCUUGGCUUUGGCUAACCUAGCACAGCUCUUGUUGGCCAUCUUUGCGGGGCAGCAGCUGCAGGAAAGCCAGGAGGUUGUGACCAUUUCAGCGGUUGUGCUGCUGGCCGUUGGCGUUGGUGGAACACUGUCCAUGUGGUCCUUCUCGGUGCUGCAUGACCUGCUUCAUGGCACCUGCGUGCGCACCGAUCGCUCCACACGCGAGGCACUCUUGUUUUGCCUCAGUUUUCCCACCAUCUUCGGGUACCAUCUCUACCUGCAGAGGUGCGCGGCAUUGCGCGGCAGCUGA